AUGUCAAGAGAUCUUGGUGAUGACCCAAUACCUAAUGAUAAAAUAAUAUUAAAUGUUGGUGGUAUCAAGUAUGAAACUUAUCGAACGACUUUAACAACUUAUCCAGAAACCCUUCUUGGUACAAUGUUCCAUCCACGCAACAAAGAAAUGCUUCAUCCUACAAAUGGAAAUGAAUAUUUCAUUGAUCGCAACGGUUACGCAUUUCAUUAUAUUAUGGAAUAUUAUCGUACUGGUUCGAUUGUAUGGAGUCCUGCAUUAGAAACUUCAAGUGGUUUUUCAUCUCCUCCACUUUCUUCUAUAAUAUCUUGUUCUCCUUCUUUAUCAUCAUCACAUACUGAAGUUAAUAAUGCUACUGUUCCAACUGGUGCUGCCGCCGCUGUAAUAGCAUCUACCUCUUCUUCUUUUAUUAAUAAAACUCCUCAAAUUAAUUCUCAAAUUAAUUCUCAAAUUAACCCUCAAAUUAAUCCUCAAAUUAAUCCUCACAUUAACCCUCAAAUUAAUCCUCAAAUUAACUCUCAAAUCAACUCUCAAAUCAAUCCUCAAAUUAAUCCUCAAGUUAAUCCUCAAGUUAAUCCAUUAAACUCUCGUUUCUCUCCUCCAACAAUUUCAACAUCAUCAUCUCCACCGAUUUCUUCUCAAUCAAUUUUAACUCAAUCAAUUUCAACUCAACAAAUCUCUACUCAAAUUUCAACACCUAUAAAAAAACCUCAACCUUCAAAUUCUCAUCCACAUUUUUAUCAUGUUUCCCUUCCUGAACUUGAACAAGAAUUUAAUUAUUUUCAAAUUCCAUUCACAUCUCAAGUUUCUGUUGCUCAAAAAGCUGCUGGUGAACUUUUGGAUUCAUUCGCUUAUACAAUUGAAGAAGUUCUUUGUGCUAGUAUCGCAAAAUUAAUAGAUCGAAUUUCUAUAACUUUUUAUCGUGAUGGUUCUCAAAUGGAAUAUUUACAAUUUUCUCAAGAAGGUAAUAAAUUAAGAGAAUUUUCUUUAAAUGGUUAUUGUAUUAUUAACCAUUUUUAUGAAGAUAUUAAAAAAUAUCUUGAAGAAAUUUUUCCAAAUAUGAAAAUUAAAUUGGAAUUUGGUGCUAAUUAUAAAUGUUUAACUAUGAGUAUGAGUCAUCUUUUUACUAGAAAUACUAUUAAGGAACAUUCUAAAAUUGGUAAAUUAAACAAAAAUUAA